UAUAAUUUACUGACUGAAAUUAAUAUUUAAAUCAAUACGUUUUUAAUUCACAAUAAUGGCUGCUAAAGAUCACAAUUUCUGUUGCGGCUGCCUCAAUUCAGAUCGUAAAAUGAUAGCAAUAGAAGACUAUUGGACGAAACAGUGUUUUUUGCAAAUUUUACGCGAAGUUCCAGUAUUUAAAUCGGAGGAGUAUGUCCCAGAACGUUUGUGUUGGGAGUGUGAGGCGCUCCUGCGGCGCUUCGCAAAGUUUAAACAGCAAGUUGCACACAGUCUUAAUAUAUUUCAGACAUAUAGGUUGCAGUACAUUGAUAUGAAAUUGCCAAAUCUGAAACCGAAUUUGACCAUAAACAAACUUAACAACAUAAAUAUCCCUGAACUUACUUUGGAACCAGAGAUAACAGAGAUAGAGGUACCAAUAAUAAAUGAUUUUGACGACAUACCGCAAGAGGAUAUAAAAAUUGAACCAGAAAAUGAGACAAAUCAAAUAAAAUCCGAAAUAGAAUCACAUUCGGACAACGAUGAGUUACUUAUAAAUUACAUACAAAAGAAAAAAAAAGUGAAAAAGAGGAAGAAAAAGCCGGAGGAGUUUAGAGAGAUAGAACUGACAGAGACGGAGAUAGAGGGAGAGAGACGGGAGAUGGAGUCGGGGUUUGAGUAUGUGCACGCAAUGUUCCGGUGCGAAAAGUGUAUUAUUGCGUUUCCUAACGUGGAGAUGAUGAAAGAACAUGAAGCUGUGAAACAUGAACAGAACGCCGCACACCACAAAUGCCCGAUAUGCACCUGUUCGUUCGUCUCCGAGAUUUCGUACAACUACCACGCGAACAAACACAGGCGGCGUUAUGAGUGUUGCGUCUGCCAAGCAAGGUGGAGGAGCAAACGGGCUGCGCAGAAACAUUAUACUACCACACAUGGAAUUGAACCGAAUCCAGAGAAUGAGCAGAUUGCAGAUGCUCCAAUCACUAAUACAAACGGUGUAAAGUCAGAAGACUCGUUUCCUUGCGAACUCUGCGCGAAGACUUUCAAAUGGAAGACUUCUCUGCGAAAACAUUUGGAGACUCACCGGAUAGAGGCUGGGCAGAAACGAAGGCCGUACUGCGAACCAUGCAAGAUGUCGUUCACCACUACAUCUAAUCUUCAGAAACACGUGAAGACCAGUUCCAAACACCAGAUACAGCUGAAGCUCAGGAAGCUGAAAGACUCUCUCCCAGAAGAUUCCACGUCUCCAGAAAAGCAGAGAGCUCACAUAGAAGAGAUAAAGAGCUCGGUGGUAGAGUCGAAACAGCACUUCCCUUGCGAGCACUGUGGCAAGAAGUUCCAGUGGCGAGGCAACUUGCUUAGGCACCUGCAUAGCCACACGGCCAGAGCUAACGGCGAGCUUGUGUGUACACCCUGUAACCGCACGUUCUCCUCAGUUGCCACGUACAAGCAACACAUGCGGCUGUCCAGAGCUCACGUGUCAGAACAGGAUUUUCCCCACGCGUGCGACGAAUGCGGACGGCGGUUCGCGAAUAAGACUCGCCUGCAGGACCACAUCGACUGGGACCACAGAAGACACUUCGCUCACCAUUGCACACAGUGCCAGAAGGUAUUCAAAAGCCACACGUCGCUGUAUUUGCACAAGCAGGUGGUUCAUAAGAAGGAACACACGGAGCAUCUUUGUGACCAUUGUGGAAAACCAUUCCCGAACCACGCAAAACUCCGGAGUCAUAUAAUAGCGCUCCACACAUCCGAGUCUCCAUACAAAUGUACUUCUUGCGCCGCUCGCUUCAGCUGGCAUUCCUGUCUGUCGCGCCACGUACGCAGAGUACACAAGCGCAAGUAAUGGAACGUACCCAAACUACGUGACGCGUUUAUGGAGGAAGGGGGGCGUCAAAAUACUACGCUUGGUCACAGGGGGUGAGAAGGGGUCUAAUUUCUUGUCACGUAACCUGUGGAAUAUUGGCCCAGCCGUAGCCUGAUGAUGAUUUUUUUAUGGGAUAGGAGGCAAACGAGCAGACAGGUCGCCUGAUGGUAAGCGAUCACCGCCGCCCAUGGACACCCGAAACACCAGAGGUGUUGGAGGUGCGUUGCCGGCCUUUAAGAUGGGUGUACGCUCUUUUCUUGAAGAUUUGAAGGUCGUAUCGGUCCGGAAAUACCGCAGGCGAUGAAAAUCAUUGUUUAAAAGCCGGAAAAAAAGAUGACAAACACGCGUCAUUAAAAUCAAAAAUUAAAUUUGAUAUAGACACACGAAUAUUUAUUAACAACUUUCUGUUGUGCUUGUGCAAGUCAUGCAAGUGAGUGACGUCAGUAACAGUAACAGUACAAAUAAUGUACUAUCAGUAGCAAAAUUGCAUGGAGAAAUUAUGAAUGAAUUGAUUGAUAAAUUCGCCAUGCACUAGACCCUACUCAUAGUGUUGUGUUACUGUCGGUGAGUAAGGCUGCCAGAGCUCAACGAGGGUGCG